CAGCCCGUGCACUAAACAAUGACAAAAUUGUAAGGGUUUUUUUAGUCUUGACAAAUUGUGUCGGAACACUUGAAUACAGUAACCUUUCGUUUGCUCUUUCCAGAAGUCAUGGAAAAGGGCUGAGGAUGAGUUGCAAAACAUUGCAGUGUUUAAAGUUAAAGAAUGAAUGAUUUUUGUCUCGUCCGGUUAGCUUUAAUACAUUGCCUAUGUGAUGUUAAAACACAACUUUACACUUUGACAUCACAACACAGUUUGAAAAUGAAGAACGUCUUUUCCGUCCUAAAGUCAUGCCGCUAAAAAUUAUCUUUUUAACGUGUUACUAGCUAAGGAUUCUUUUUCGUUAUAAAACUUUCACACAGCACAUGAUGUGCCAUGGGUAAUAAAAUACGUCUUCGGUUGUGUUUCCAUUUCUCGACUUCUAUGACAAACAUCAUAACACAUGAUAUUGGACGCUGUGCUUGUAACUGAUUCUGUCUAUCCCCAAUAUAAACAAACUCCACGAUUCUGUUUCAUUUCGUAUGUUGUUCCUUGUCAUCAAAUUUCAAGAGUAAGGUUCGCACAGGAAAAUUGAGGCUCUUCUGACCAACAUCUGUGCUGUGUGCUCAUAGCAUAAAGCCAUUCGUUUUUGAAAGGUUGAAAAACGUGUUCUCUCUACCUCUGCAGCUGUGAGAGCUGGAUUCAUUUGUGCAAGGUUUUUCACCACUCAGUUUCUCAUGGCACCGUCUUCCAGAAGUGAAUAUGAAGAGCUUGCCAGAGCUGCAACGGAAAAACUAAAAGAAUACCUCACCUCAACAGACGACUGGAAGACGGCUACAAAAACAAAAGAUGGUAUCACCGUCGAGUACAAGCUGUCAGACAUGAACGAAGGCCGGAAUGUGACCUGCAAGUGGUUUGGAGUUUGAGCAAAAGUAUGGCUUUGGGGCUCAUCUCGCCUCGUGACAUUAUCCAGGUUAUAAGUGUGACAAAGACAGAAGAUACCUUUUUAUCUUCAG